AUGCGUGAAGGCAGCUCAAUCGGAGUAGAACCACACACACACACACACUCAACUCCACUCCACUGGAGCAGAAGAUGAUGACGAUGAUGAUGCAGAUUAGGCCUCAUAUUGCCAUCUCAAAUCUCAUGGUGGUGGUAGGAGCCGUGAUGCUGCUGCUGCUGCAGCAGGGUCGUUGGGCUGAGGCGCAGCCCUCUCCCGGCUACUACCCGAGCUCCAAGGUGAGCUCAAUGCCCUUCUCGCAGUGGUACAGCAACCUGUGGGGCGCCCAGCACCAGUCCCUCUCCCCGGACCAGACCUCCCUCACCCUCUGGAUGGACCGCAGCUCAGGGAGCGGGUUCAAGUCGAAGCGGGCGUACCGGAACGGCUACUUCGGCGUCUCCAUGAAGGUCCAGCCCGGCUACACCGCCGGCGUCAACACCGCCUUCUACCUGUCCAACAACGAGGCGUACCCGGGGUACCACGACGAGAUCGACGUGGAGCUGCUGGGCACCGUCCCCGGCGAGCCCUACACGCUGCAGACCAACGUGUACGUCCGCGGCACGGGCGACGCCCACCCCAUCGUCGGCCGGGAGAUGCGGUUCCACCUCUGGUUCGACCCCGCCGCGGCCUUCCACCACUACGCCGUGCUCUGGAACCCCGACGAGAUCGUCUUCCUCGUCGACGACGUGCCCGUGCGCCGCUACCAGAAGAAGGUGGAGGCCACGUUCCCCGAGCGCGAGAUGUGGGCCUACGGCUCCGUCUGGGACGCCUCCGACUGGGCCACCGACGGCGGCCGCUACAGGUCCGACUACCGCUACCAGCCCUUUGUGUCCGGGUUCAAGGAUUUCAAGGUCGCCGGCUGCGAGGUCGGCGCGCCGGCGUCGUGCAGCCCCGUGCCGGCGGGCCCCGGAGGCGGGCUGAGCGCGCAGCAGACCGCCGCCAUGAGCUGGGCGCAGCAGCGGGCCAUGGUCUACUACUACUGCCAGGAUAGCUCCAAGGACCGCUCCAACUACCCCGAGUGCUAGCCUGCUAGCUUAUAUAUACAUAUAAGAUGAGGAAGCUCCGAGUUCGAGCCAGCGGCAAUGGUGGCGCCGCGCUGCCCUUCCAUUCUAGUGAUGGUUGAGGCGUACCCGUAUGUAUACGGUCAGUAUACGGUAUACGAUGUAUAGUGUGAUCGAUACGGUGAUUUCUGUCACGUAUGUGUGUGAGAGUCUGAGUGCGAGCAGCUGCUGCAAUCAAUUAAAGUCUAGCAGGCUGACAGCGUACUCUGUCUAAGUUAUUGCUAUUUGUGAGACACUUGUCCAACUAUGGAUGAUGGACAUUUGGACCUGCAAUCUGCACCUUUUGAUACAGAGAAAAAGGUUCGAAUUUUAGUACA